AUGUCCACCGAAAAGAUCACCUUUCUCCUGAACUGGCAACCAGCGCCAUACCACAUCCCUAUCUUCCUAGCGUUGCAAAAGGGCUACUUCAAGGAACAGGGCUUGGACUUGGCGCUCAUUGAGCCUACCAACCCCUCGGACGUCACUGAGCUGAUCGGGUCCGGCAAGGUCGACAUGGGCCUCAAGGCCAUGAUCCAUACCCUGGCAGCCAAGGCGCGUGGCUUCCCUGUGACCUCUGUCGGCUCGCUGCUUGACGAGCCCUUCACCGGGUUGUUGUACAUGGCCGGCCGCGGUAUCACCGACGACUUCCAGUCACUCAGAGGCAAGAAGAUCGGCUAUGUCGGCGAAUUCGGCAAGAUCCAGCUUGACGAGCUCACCAAGCACUACGGUAUGACCCCAGACGACUACACUGCCGUCAGAUGUGGCAUGAACGUCGCCAAAUACAUCAUCGAGGGCAAGAUCGAUGCUGGUAUUGGUAUCGAGUGCAUGCAGCAAGUCGAGCUCGAGGAGUACCUCAAGGCCCAGGGCAAGCCUGCCACUGACGCCAAGAUGCUCCGUAUCGACAAGCUGGCUUGCCUGGGCUGCUGCUGCUUCUGCACCAUCUUGUACAUCUGCAACGACAAGUUCUUGGCCGCCAACCCCGAGAAGGUUCGCAAGUUCCUCACGGCUGUCAAGAAGGCCACCGACUUCGUCUUGGCUCAUCCAAUCGAUGCCUGGAAGGAGUACGUUGACUUCAAGCCCGAGCUUGACAACGACUUGAGCUUCAAGCAGUUCCAGAGAUGCUACGCCUACUUCUCUUCCUCCUUGUUCAACGUCCACCGUGACUGGAACAAGGUUACCGGCUACGGUAAGAGAUUGGAGAUCCUGCCUCUAGACUACAAGGCCAACUACACUAACGAGUACUUGUCCUGGGACGAGCCUAACGAGGUCGAGGACCCAUUGGAAGCCCAGAGAUUGAUGGCCAUUCACCAGGAGACCUGCAGAGAUUGCGGUGGUUUCAAGAGACUCUCCGUCCCUUUGAAGGCUUAA